GAUUUAGAGUAAAAACAAAGAUGGCGACUGGAGGCGGAGAUGAAAAUUCUAAUCCUUUUUCGUACAGAAACUUUGUUAAACACAAACGUUUUUCAAACAAUGAUAGUACAGAAAAUGACGAAAGCGAUCGAAAUGCUCCUGUAAUGCGUCUAGAUCUCGUUGACGAUGAAAAGAGUUCAAUUAACCGUGAGGAUAAUCCUUCAACACGUCGAAAUCGACAAGGCGAUAAUUCGUUUUCAUUAAGAAAGUUCUUAAAAACCAGUUCAAAGUCUAGUAAUGGUCACCUAUCCAAAUUAGACUUGGCCAACGAUUUGCCCGAUUUUGUUCAGGAUCACAUUCCUCCCUCUCCAAAUUUAUCACGACAGGUGCAACCAGGCCCAUCUAACGUAUCCCUGCCGGAUUUUGCGCUAGAUAGCAAUCCUAGUCCAAAUCACGAGCCUCCAAUGUCAAAUCCUGCAGCAACUAUUGAACCUCACCGCACAGGCGAACUGCCUGAAAUUCUCUCUGAUUCUCAAGUCCAAAGAAACAAAGAUAGCUCAAUUAAUGGUUCAUUAGCGAACGAAAAUCUGAGAGAUUAUGAAAUUCGACGGCUGAGAGAAGAGAACGACGAGUUGCGAAGGCAACUGGAGGAAGCGCGACAUUGUGCUCAAACCCAAUCAAAGCAAGUUUCAGAAGUUCUAAAAGAAAUGGAAAUAAUUCAACAGAGAGAAAGAGAAGAAACUGCUGCAAUAGAAUCAGUAGUUCAAUCAGUCGAAAAUAAUUUAGAUACUGCAACAAAACGAGCCCAGAAGGCUGAAACCGAAUUAACUCAGUCUAAGCAACUUAUUAAACAAUUAAAUAAUAGAUUAAGUGAGUUACAAAUUGAAAAUAGAACUUUACGAGCCGGUAAAUCUGUACAAAGUAACGAAGCGAUUAAGGAAAAAGUUCGAAAUGCUUCUGAACAAUUGAACUCAGCCGCUAUAACUGCUAAGGCUACUUUACAGCAAUUAAUGGGCGGUGUAGAUCAAAUAAAGCUUAUUUCUGAAGUCUUAGCUUCCGUUGAUAAAAUUACGGAUGCUUCAAUACCAACAGACGACUAUGUAGAUUCAAAGACAUAUACAACAGGAGCAUAUGGCGAAUCAAUAGACUAA